AAGGUAGCGUGCAGAUGCCGUUGAACUUCGGAUGGUACUGCUGUUAAUUCCAAGAUUUCUGGCACUCUUUUCUCGCUGGCAGCAGUUGUAAUUCUGCACUAACUUCUCUUAUCUCUAGUCUCAGCACAGCUCUCAACACUUCCCCUUUUGUUUCCUUUCUCUUUCCUGCUAAGUCGCAUAAAGUUGCAGCAACAUUUCUGUCUCCCCCCACCGGUCCAUAUUCUGCUAGAUGUCAGAUUCGGCGCCUUAGCUUUUCUGGAUCGCCUGGAAAGCAAGGUGUUUCUUGUUCUUGAGGUUCUUACUACAACCCUGGGGCAAAGAUGUCGUCUGGUGGGGGCUCUAGCCAACCAACUGGACAGCCGCAGAGGCGGGUUUUGCGGAGGCAGAUGGCAGGGAAUCUUGGGGAGGCUGAUUUUGAUAGUGAGGUGGUUCCAUCAUCACUGAGUGAGAUUGUUCCCAUUCUCCGAGUUGCCAAUGAGGUUGAAUCUAGCAAUGGAAGGGUGGCUUAUCUUUGUAAGUUCGUGCCUUAUCUUGGUUGAUAAUGUGGUUUUAUAUGAGUUUUUUUGGUCUGUCUGGGAUUUUCCACAAUGCUAAGGUUGUAUUAUGCUGUGCCAAGGGCUGUCUGAAGUGGUUAAUACCUUCAGUCUUUAAGAUGGAGAUCUUAUGUUUGAACCUUGAAAAGGAUGGAUGGGGAGGAAUUAAGGGAAGGGGCAAAAACUUGAUAACCGUGAAACAUUCACUUAAAAAUGUAAGGGGCACAUUAUCGAAUAAGUAAUAAAAAGUGAGUAUAGUA